GAACAGUUGGCGGUCUUACCAAAAUGAGAGUUCCGCCAUGUGGAUUCCACUUGGGUGUCGUUUUGGCCAUUCUCGCGGAGAUUAGAGGAUUUUCGAUGGAGGACAAGUGCAAAUUGUGGGCUGGAACCGGCUAUAUUGGCGAUCCCAGUGACUGCCAGGCCUGGGGAUAUUGCCAGGACAACAAACUCAUCGAUAGGCGUAGCUGCACUGAAGGAUUACUAUACAGUUUCCGAAAUGGCACCUGCAAGAGGGCAUCGGAUACGAUUUGUCAGUCCCAGCUCUCGGAGAUUUGCGCCAGCCUCGAGCCGUGGAAUUACGUGGCCAAUCCGGCUGAUUGUCGGAGAUUCGUCAAGUGCGCGGAUUUGGAUGAUCCCACUUGGGGCGACUGUGGUGUGGGCCAGGUGUUUAGCAACAAGAAGCAGACCUGCCUCGAGGAGGUUGCCGGCUGUCCACAGGAUAAUAUCUGCUCCCAUAUGAAAGAUGGCUCCUUUGUGGGCGAUCCCAAGAGCUGUCAAAGCUACUACAAAUGCCAUAAUGGAUUUGGCACACUGUUGAAUUGCUCCGUUGGGCGAUACUUUAACCGUAAAUCGGGUAAUUGCCAAUCCUGGGUGCCGCAUUACUGUUCCAAGGAUGAUGAGGAGAACUUGUUAACGCCACCAUCCACGGACCAUAAUAUCUGCUCCAAGUAUUAUCCACGGGAUAGAGAUGGAGUGCAGCUCCUGCCGGAUCUGAUGACCUGUUACGGAUACUACUCCUGCACCUCCCAGUUCGACGUGGGCCAGUGGAGCAGCUGUCCUUGGGGAAUGCACUUUGAGUGGUGGAGCCAGCGGUGUGCCUCGCCGAAGGACAAUAGCUGCUCCUACGAUCGCUGCGCCAAUAGGAACCAACUAAUGGUGUCCACCAUUAACACGAACUGCAGGGAAUUCACGAUCUGCCAGGAUAAUCGUUCGAUGAGCUCGCAAAAGUGUCCCGACGACUAUCCAUAUUUCAAUGAGCUAUUGGGACAGUGCACCGAUAAAUAUCCCAAUCAUAGGGUGUGCUAUAUGGAUGGAUAAAUUUCAUCAAAUUAUUACAAAUUAAUAAUC